AAAAGCCGUUGUUUAGAAGACUUGUCUAUCAAUCCAUCAAUCAAUCCAUUGGAGGCUCAUCGACGUUGACAAGGAAGAGGAAGAAGAGAUAAUAAAAGACAAUCAUGAAGGUAUCAAAGACGACUAGUGUGAGGGAGGAGCACGGUUGUAACAUAUAUUCGAUUGCAUUUUCACAGGAUAUCUUGGUGGAAGAACUGAACAACCGAAACAAGUGUUACUAUCGAACCUUUUGCUCUUGUGCCGGUCCGUAUGUUACCGUAUACAAGAUACAAGUCUUUGACUUGAUCGAUGGGGAUGUCUUUACUGGUCCGUCGGGGCCCAUGCUGGUACAUCAAUCCUACGUCGAUGUUCAUCCCGAAGAAGAAUUCUGGGCGUGUGCGUUUGGAGGAAGAUCCUUUCUACCCACAAAACCCACCAAGCUGCCAGCCUUGAAGAAACAGCAAUCCAAUAGUAAAGAGGGAAAACCCAAAAAACGAAAAGAACAAGGAAGCAUGGUGGAAUGUGAAGAAGAAGCCGAUACUUCCAUGCAUGAAGAGUUCCUCAGUAGUAAUGACGAUGACGACGAACCACUGCGGAUAAAUCUGGAUCAACAACCCACUGGGCCUCAACUGCUUUGCGCGGCGGGCAAAAAUAGAACCAUUCAAGUCAUUGAUACCACGCAACAAAAACUAUGGAUGUCGCUACAAGGACAUGGAGAUGAAAUCAACUGUCUCAAAUUUCAUCCAAUAGACAACAACAUUCUAGCCAGUGCAUCCAAUGACAAGAGUGUGCGCCUCUGGAAUUUGCGAAAUGGUACUAACAUUGCCAUUCUAGCAGGACAUGAAGGACACAAGGACAUUGUACUGGCUGCAGGUUGGCAUCCCACGGGAGAAAAGUUGGUCACAGGGGGACACGAUAAUCUCGUCAAGAUUUGGAAUAUGGAAGAGGGAACUGACAUUCACAAGGCCAUGCAAGACAGUUACAAGAUAGAACUCACACAAAACGAGACUGCAACCACCAAAAGCUCACGACAAAAAGCUGCCAAACGACAAAACCUUGAUCUCUCCCAACAACUCGUGCAAGCCAAGGAUUACUUCAAACCUGUCAUUUGCCAGUUCCCCAUUCAUUCCACACACAAGGUACACUAUCAACCAGUCGAUUGUGUCGACUUUAUCGUAUCACCCAUGCUAUUGACCAAGGCAUCUACCAAAAUUGUGCUUUGGUAUCCCAACUAUGUCAAUGAGGAAAAUCCUGCCGUGGUUCAUCCUGCUCCUGCCGAUCUCGUGGCCACGUUCAAGACGUUUGAAAUCGCCGACACGCCCGAGGAAGUCUUCUUUUAUCGCUUUGCGACUUGUCCUGCUGGAAAAUUGGUGGCAGCUGGCAAUUCGCAAGCAGAAGUCUUUUUGUUUGAUGUCGAUGCCAAAAGCAGUAAUGCUUUGGCCAAGUUGGUGGCUCAUCCCAAGAUUGCGACGCAUGUGCGAAUGACAGCAUUUAGUCCCGAUGGACGGAUACUCUUGUGUUGUUGUGAUGAUGGGACCAUUGCCAAGUGGGAUAUUAGGACCAAGAACUAGCUACUAGGUAGAUAUAUCUACACGCAACUCACUCACCAGCUAGAACGGGCUCGGUAAUGCAUUGACACAAGAGAUGGUGUGAAGGUCAAAGCGAUGAGCAAGGAAGGGAGAACAGCCAACAGUGAUAUUCGCCAGGAAGUCGAGAAACUCUGACUACUACCGGACUAGCAGAUCUAUCGAAGUUAAACCGAGCUAGGGUGAAUAUUAGGGACGACAAAAAACCAAUCUAUCCUGCCAGCUAGUUCAUUAAUGACGCAGUGCCCCCCCAGCUAGAAUCUUCUACAGUCUGUAUGUUGAUCCUCUCGCACUUAGCAUAGCUAGUCGAUCAACGUCAAGAAAGAUGGCAUGGACUGUCGUCCCACUUUGGCUUUUUGCUGUUGGAUCCGCUGCGCAGCCUGAACCAGAUGCGAUUGCUCCACGACGUCACGCUUUUCUCGAAUGGCAUUCAAAGCUCCAUGAUUGACCACAUUCUGAAGAUCUGCUCCAGAGAAAUUGUCAGUGUAGGUAUCCGAUGCCAGCAGGGUCCAGUCCACGUUGGGUGAGCACUUUGUCUUUUUGGCAUGCAACAACAGGAUUUCUUCUCGUCCCUGUGCAUCGGGGUACCCCACAAAUAUCUGUCGAUCAAAUCGGCGCAAAACAGCCUCGUCAAUGACAUCCAAACGAUUGCUGGCGGCAAUCACAAUCAACGUGACUUGUUCGUCUUUGGAAUCGUUGCUGUUCUUUUUGGAAGAGCCAGAAUCAAAGCCAUCCAUUUCGGUGAGUAGUUGAUUGAGUGUUUGUUCUCGUUCAUCAUUGCCCAGAAAUCCAUCUUUGGAUCGCGCCUUGGCCACGGCAUCGAAUUCAUCAAUGAAAAUAAUGGCACAGGCGGGUCGUUGCGCCUCUAGUUGUUGGGAGUUAGUAGUAGUAGUACUCGGAGGAAAUCCCAACAUGGAGGACCACCAGAGUGCAGAUUGUUUGAGUUUUCGACGGUUCAAAGCAUCUCUUCGUGCCUUGGCAAAGAGCGACCGCACUCGUGCGGCGCCCCUCCCAACGUACAUUUCCACAAAGGAUGAGCCGCUCAAGGCUGUAAAGCUAUCACAGCGAGCUUCUCCAGCGAUAGCUCGUGCCAGUAGCGUUUCUAUUGCAAAAGAGGAGAGGCAAGGCAAAACAUGAGACAGACACGAACGGAACAAGUCAAAACAAGACAAAGCAGUUAGCAUGAAUGACAAUACUUACUUCCACUUCCUGGUGGACCAUGCAAAAAGACUCCUUUGGGAGGCCGUGCUCCCAUUGCGUUGUAGAGCGUUGGAUUGGACAAGUACGACACGACUUCUCUCAUGUCUUCGACAACCAAAGCCAAUCCAGCCACAUCUUCAAAGGUGGUCCGAUCUUCUUUAUCGUCGUCACCACUACCACCAUUCAUCACCAAUCCCCACAGCGAGAGCCGUCGGGUUCCAUUGGUGAACAAUUUGGAGUUGAUGUCUUCACCUCCAAAAUGAGUCUUCAUCAUGCGAUAGACCAAGAGCAAGUAGACAAAGGGCAACGCCGUCAAGACGGGGGUUGCCAAUCGAGACCAAAUGGAUUCUGGCACGGCCUGAAUAUCGGUACAUCCACCCUUGGUCAAUGCCUCGAGAAGACCCGUCUUGAAAGAGUCAUUAUUGUUGAGUGGCAAUACGGCUCGAUUCCAUUGCAAGCUAUGCAUAUCGGCCGAGGAGGAAGUUCGUUUGGUUUGAAAGAAAAUGGCCGAGGAUCCAAUCAUGGCUCGUUGAAUCACUCCAUCGCGGGCGGCAUUCCAUAGCAGAGACAUGGUCGAUGAUUGCGGCGAUUGUAGAUACUCGGGACCGUUCCACCACGCCAGUAACAAACCAAUCGGCCAGAACGGUUGCUUAUUAUUGUCUUUGUUGCUAUUAUGAUUUCGACGGCGUUUCGAGAAUCGAAGAUAGGCCGUCAAGACAACGGCAAAGAAAGAAACGGCAAGAAGCUUUUUCCUUCGUUCCAAUUUUUUCUUAGUG